AUGGGAUUCUGAUGUUCCAGCAAGUGCCUUUGAUGGAGAUUGAUGGAAUGGAGCUGGUGCAGACCAGAGCUAUUCUCAAUUAUCUUUCCAGCAAAUACAACCUCUAUGGGAAGGACUUGAAGGAGAGAGCCCUGAUUGAUAUGUAUUCAGAAGGUUUGGCAGAUUUGAAUGAGAUAUUUAUUAACUAUCCCUUCAACCCACCUGGGGUCAAAGACACAAACAUUGCCCUGAUGAAAGAGAAAGCCAAGAACCGUUAUUUUCCUGCCUUUGAAAAGGUGCUAAAGAGCCAUGGCCAAGACUACCUUGUUGGCAACAAGCUAAGCAAGGCUGACGUCCACCUGGUUGAAGUGAUCUACAACAUGGAAGAACUGGAGCCCAACAUCAUCGCCAGCUUCCCUCUGCUGCAGGCCCUGAAAACCCAAAUCAAUGACAUGCCCACCGUGAAGAAGUUUCUGCAGCCUGGCAGCCAGAGGCAGCCUCCUGUUGAUGAGAAAAACAUACAGAAAACAAGGAAGAUCUUCAAAUUUUAA